AUGGUGGCCCGCUCGCCCGCUCGGCACGGAGGCGGCGGCCGGCGCUGGCCGCGGGCGGCCGCCUGGCUGUGGCUGGCGGUGGCGCUGGGCGCCGUGUGGCCGCCUCGGGGCUCGCUGGUGCAGGGCCGGCGGCUGAUCUGCUGGCAGGCGGUGCUGCAGUGUCAGGGGGAGCCCGAGUGCAGCUACGCCUACAACCAGUACGCCGAGGCGUGCGCCCCGGUGCUCCUGCAGCAGCAGCCGCCGCCGGCGGGCGGAGGGGACGGCCCGCCGAGCGCAGCAGGCGCGGCCGCCUCGUCCAGGCGGCGGUGCCCCAGCCACUGCAUCGCGGCGCUCAUCCAGCUCAACCACACCCGGCGUGGCCCGGCGCUGGAGGACUGCGACUGCGCGCAGGACGAGAACUGCCGCGCCACCAAGCGCGCCAUCGAGCCCUGCCUACCCCGCACCAGCAGCCCCACGGGCGGCGGCCCCGGCGGCGGCGGCCCCGGCGGCCCCGGCGUCAUGGGCUGCACGGAGGCGCGGCGGCGCUGCGACUGGGACAGCCGCUGCAGCCUGGCGCUGAACCGCUACAUGACCUACUGCGGGAAGCUGUUCAACGGACUGCGCUGCACGCCCGAGUGCCGCGCUGUCAUCGAGGACAUGCUGGCCGUGCCCAAGGCCGUGCUGCUCAACGACUGCGUCUGCGACGGCCUGGAGCGGCCCAUCUGCGAGUCGGUCAAGGAGAACAUGGCCCGCCUCUGCUUCGGCACCGACAUGGGCGGCAACGGCGCGGGCAGCAGCGGCGGCUCGGACGGCGGCCUGGAGGAGUACUACGACGAGGACUACGAGGAGGAGCCGAGCCAGAAGGGGAGGGACGACGUGGAGGACAAUGCGGGCGCCGAGCCCGGCUUCCCCGUGCAGGCAGAUAACGCUGGCCGGCCCGCCGGGGCGGCUGGAGCGCUGCUCGCCUCCAUCUUGGUGCCGCUGCUGCCGCGGCUCUAGCAUCCCUCCCUUCCCGCACCCCUCCUGCCUGCCUGCUUCCCAUCGCUGCCUCCCUCCCUAACUGCCUCCCUCCGCACCCCUAUCCCCUUCGCCGGGCCGGGCCGGGCCGGGCCAGGCCCCCCGCGCCGAGCCGCC